AUGGAGAGACGAAUGAAAAGAAUUAUUCUCGCGGUCCUGUGGAUGACAUUUACCCUGAUAAAUUUCGCGUCUUGUACGGAAGUUUCAUCACAGAUUAAUUUCGGCUUGGAACAAAAUAGCGGGAGUCUCGGUGACCCCGAUACGAAGGUCGUCGUGGAUUUUAAUAAAAUCACUGGCCGGUCGGAACACGGUUAUUUAAGAUCCUGCGGGCUGAAGAAAAGGACCAGCAACCUUGGACGCGAUGAUUCGACGAAACUAUCGAAUGUUAUCGAUAACAUCCAGAUCAUUAUCAAUGGUCAAGAAAUUAAACCAAGCGUCGAUGGUUGCCAAAAUGGUUUCUGCAAAGUAUCCGUGUCAUCCACCUGUGAUGAUGAGGGCAACAUAAUAACCGACGUACACCUUAGAAUGGUAACGAAAGCCGAGACCGAUCUUCAGAUCAAUGAUAUUCCAGUUGUCGAUGGACUUCGUGGCGUAGAAACAUCGCGUGACCAGCCUGUCGAUCACCACCACAGGAUUCCCUCAAGUCCAAGCACAUAUUUACGUAACAAUUUUCCGCAGAUUCAAACUCGUUUUCGAGACGGUGAACCUUGGUAUCAGGGUGGUAGAAACUUUCAAAGGCCUCAAAUUAUCUGGCAUUACCACCGCCCGAUAAAUUUCGCAGGCGGACGAUUCCCCCAAUAUGGCGGACGUCCAGCUGGCGCACCGGUCGUUGAUGAUAAGAUAGAAGCACCUCUCAGCAAAACCAAAGGAAACAACGACUAA